GUUGCUUAUCUCUCAGCUCCCCGCACUCUCCGAUACUAGACCCUCUGAUAAUCGCCUUUCUCUGAGGAAAUUUGGUCUUCGUGCAAGUUCGUUAUUGGCCAGUGGCUUGCCAAACGUCUGCUUGGACCACAAUGGACAAUCAGCCGUCUCCAUCUCCGACAUCGAACGCAACAGCUCCUAUUAUACCUGGCAGGCCGACGUUCGUAGGUUACCCGAAUCCAUACGGCUCAAAAGUUGAUACAAGCAUCGAAGGAACAUGGAUCUGGUUCUUGAUUGCGUGCGCGGUGUCGUUGCUCUCCGUCGGACUCUACGAGCUGGUCAGACAGCGUCAUGGUCUCAGGAGAGUUCUUUAUACACGUACAGAAACAAAUAGGUUGGAGAGCCCACAUAUCCCGACGGAGUGGUUUGGCUGGUUCAAGCCAGUCUGGAAUAUUCCAGAGAGCUACAUCGCCGAAAAUGUUGGACUGGACGCUGUCAUGUUCCUCCGCUUCAUGCGCAUGUGCUUCACAAUUAUAGCGAUCCUUACUUGUGUCCUCAUUCCCAUCCUCAUACCGGUGAACUAUUACGCCGAUCGGUCAGUUCCCCCACCUCCGAAUCCUAGCGGUAACUCGACAGCGCAAGGAAUCAAUAAAGCGUCGCUCGAUCGGUACUCCCUCGCGAACAUACCUGAGGGGUCUCCGUCUCUAUGGGCGCAUGUGGUGUGCGCUUACAUGGUGUCCUUUGUUGCAUAUCAUAUCAUGUUCAUCUCGUACAGAGAAUACGCAAAACUAGCUACAGAAUAUAUCUACGCGGGUAGCGGGUGGGGGAAUAAACGUCCGCCGGCAUGGCGAAAGGGAGAGCUCUUGCAAUUGCGCAGUGUGAUGCUGCGUAACUUACCUCCGGAGCUCCAGACAGAGGAAAGCCUGAAAACAUAUUUGGAAGGUCUCGAGAUUGGAUCGAUCGAAAAGGUAGUGAUCGACAGAGACCCAAGCAACAUCGUUUCCAAGCUGUACAAGCAGCGCGAGCGCGCUCUGAAACAGUUGGAGCGUGCUUACGUCGAGUGGCUCAAGGCCAUACACUUGGAGCGUCAAAAGCGACUCGGAAAGCGUCAGCGAGUAUUUUUCACCCCCGGCACGCUGUUGCGAGUGCAAGCCGCGCCACUCAACUUGCAGGAGAUCGGCUUGGACGAAUUCGGUAUGAUCCGUUUAAGGCCGAAGAGCCGAAAGAGGAGAAGAGAAAAAGUGUGCAAAAAAAAAGGGGACACGUCGUCGUUCGGCGCCGAAAAUGACAGGAUCGAAUAUUAUAGCAAGAAGUUGACAGCUUUGACAAUCAAACUCAAAUAUCUGAGACAAGUGGGAUCGACAUCGCACCCGAUCGUUGCCGAAACGGCGACUGUAACGACAACGAAUGCAGCAGGUUUCGUGACCUUUGGCACCCAGCGUUCCGCACAAAUAGCAGCCCAAGUGUUACUGCAUGACUCCGACAGCUACUUCCCUAUGUCUGUGACCCUAGCACCUCCUCCACAAGAUGUAGUCUGGGAAAACCUUUCAAUCUCUGCAUGGCGGCGCUUCGUCCAGUCAUGGGCGAUCACUGGCCUAUGUUUUGUCCUAACGUUUUUCUGGAUCAUACCGACCGCCGCUGUCGCUUCGCUAACGAGUAUAGACUCACUGGCGCGUCUGCCGGCGUUCAAAGAUUUCUUCGGAGGCCUGGACAAGAACUCGCCGCAGGUCUACCUUAUCGUAACCAAGAUCGGGCCAGCCUUGGUUGUCAAUUUAGUCAACUUGGUUGUGCCCAUCAUCUUCGAAUUCCUCUCCUACCGACAAGGAAUAUAUGCCCACUCGCAGGUCGAGAUCGCCACCAUGUCCAAAUACUUCUUCUUCCUCCUUUUCAACAUAUUCUUCGUCUUCUCCGUUGCGCAAACCAUCAUUCAAGUGGCCGCGGAGUUCCUGCGUAAUCCGAUCAGUAUUGUGAACUUGACUGUUAGCCUGCUGCCCUCAGCGGCUUCCUUCUAUAUUACUUACAUCAUCCUGAACCUGAUGAUGUUUCCUCUUGAGUUACUUCGUCCCGGUGUGAUGCUACUGCAGUUCAUUGGAAGAUGGGUCUGCCAGACCCCGCGUGAUUUCCAUGGGCUGAGCAUCCUGUCCAGCUCCCUCAACUAUGGAAUGCUUUAUCCUAUCCACGUCCUGAUCUUCGUCAUCGUUAUAUGCUAUUCCACAAUCGCACCGAUCAUCCUUGUACCGGGCUCGCUUUAUUUCGCGUUGGGCUGGUUCGUUUUCCGGAAUCAAUUGUUGUUUGUGUAUGUGAAGGAAUGGGAAAGCUACGGAUAUCAUUGGGUUCUCGCCUUCCAUAGGUGUACGGUGGGACUGGGCAUCUACCAAGUUCUCAUCGUCGGACUGCUGGCCUUGAAAAAUUCUCCAACGGCGUCAGCGCUUUGCGCACCUCUAGUCGGCUUCACUAUUGUCUUCCACAUCUAUUGUCGCAAGAUCUUUGGAAAAAGGAGUCACUUGAUCCCCUUGGAUCGGUUCAGCAAAACCUACUCCGUCGGAAGCGAUCCCGGUUCUCACUUACACCCGACGAAUGGCAGAGAUGGUGAGUACGAACUCACGCCCAUCGACUCGCGGCCCUCAAAUGAGAUAUCGCACCGAAAGGGGUCAUUGGCGACAAACGCCUCCUCAUUCGCAUCUCUGGAGCGGCGUGUGAAUGACGACCAAUCCGACGUGUCAGACCAGGAACUGGAGAUUGUCACAUCGGCGGAACAGCAUGCGGCGGAUCGGUACCCGACGAGUUAUCGGAAUCCGGUCUUUUCCAAACCACUACCGAGGCCGUGGUUGCCUGUGAGUAUGGCGGCGUGGUGGGGAUUGCCUCCGCAAGUGGGUCCGCGACCGGAAUCGGCAAGCAGCAAGGCUGCCAGGAAGAGUGGAUCGUUCCCAUCGACGAGGGGUUCGGUGGAACGGGGAAUGGUGGCGCAAACAGCAGAUGAUACAUCACUGCCACCAGAUGUGGAGCGAAACAUUCCAUCGGUCGAAGAAGCCGAAGACGUUCCUUUGGAAGCAGUCCCACUGCCGCACAUUCAGAUCGACUACCACCAUCACACGGCAACACCAGUGCCGGACGAUGAGACGGGGCAUAUGAAACCAUCCGCCUCCGACGCGAGUUUGAACAUGGUCCCAAGUGCGAGCAUGGAGAGUUCGAUGAAUUUGAUACAACGCUGAGGUAUCAUUCAGCAUUGUGGAGCGUAUAAUGUAGAUAGACAUACUGUACAUACAGAUUUUGGAUUCCCAACUUGCAGCUUAUUAUAAUUUUGUACAGCACCUAAUAUGUGGAUUGAAAUGCUGAAAUGUUAUGGUGUGCGGCAGUAUGGCUUGCAAAC